AUGGCAGCAGCGUCACAAGCAAAGGCCCUCGUGCCGGAUGACCCUAGCGUCCAGCACCUCGACGCCAAGAUCGGGCCUUACAACUACCACUACAUGCUCUCCUCCCCCCCUUCGCCUGUCGCCACUGUCCUCCUGGUGCACGGCUGGCCAGACCUGGGAAUGGCCUGGCGGUACCAGGUCCCAUUCCUCACCUCUCUGGGCCUGCGGGUCAUUGUGCCGGAUAUGCUGGGUUAUGGACGCACAUCGGCGCCCGCCGACUUCGAGGAGUACUCGCUCAAGAAGCUGAGCGGGCACCUCGCGCAAUUGGUUGAGCAGGUCGUGGGCAAGGGGGAGAAGGUCAUCCUGGGCGGCCACGACUGGGGCGCCGCGCUGGUCUGGCGCCUGGCCAUGUGGCACCCGGAGAUCACGAUGGCCGUCUUCAGCCUCAACGUGCCGUACACGGCGCCGCACAAGCAGUACGCCGACCUGGAGACGGUGGCCAAGCUCGUGCCCAGCUUCCGCUACCAGCUGCAGCUCGCCAGCCCCGAGACGGAGCGCAUCGUGGCCGCCAAGCCCGAGCGCCUGCGCCAGUUCAUCAACACCCUGUACGGCGGCGCCACGCCCGAGGGCCAGUCCGCGUUCAGCACGGCGGAGGGCCUGCUCGAGGACCGCAUCGACCAGGUCGGCCCGGCCAAGCUGAUGAGCGCCGAGAUGGUCGACUUCUACGUCCGGGAGUACAGCCGCAACGGCCUGCACGGCCCCACCAACUGGUACCGGACACGCAAGCCCAACUUUGAGGAGGAGAAGCCGCUGGCGGACAUCGAGGGCGGCUACAAGUUCAAGGUGCCGGCGAUGGUGGUCAUGGGCGAGAAGGACAUUGCGCUGCCGCCGAAGCUGGCCGACGGCAUGGAGGUGCACUUUGAGAACGGGCUGCGGAAGGAGGUCGCAAAGGGGGUCGGACACUGGGCCAUGUGGCAGGACCCCGAGGCCAUCAACAAGUACAUUGGGGAGUUUCUUGGGAGCGUCCUUGGUGACAAGAUCAAGGGCAAAUUGUAA